GGGGAGGCUGGAGCAGAGCGAGAGGGGGAAACCCGCGUAGCCGAGCGAGCUGCAGCGCGGGGAGAUGGUGGCCCGUGGAGCCCGCACGCUCAGUCCAGCUCCUGGGAUUCGGUGAACCCCCGCCCGCCUGACAGCACCCCUCACCAUGGACCGCGGCAGCCUUCUGCCCUUCCAGCUGUGGUGCCCCCGGCCUUUCGGCACCUAUUCUCAGAACCAGCCGCGCCCACUCGCCGCCGCCCUCAAGCCCGCAGCCCCCGAGCCCGGCAGCGGGGCCGAGGCUGACCACGGGCCUGUGCACUCGGAGAACACGCCGCCCGCGCUGGCGCCGGAGGCCCCGGCCCCGCAGCCCGCAGCCCCGCUGCUCUCGGCGGCCACGGCUGGCGAUGAGGGCCGCGUCCUGCUGGACACGUGGUACGUGAUCAAGCCCGGAAACACGAAGGAGAAGGUGGCCUUCUUCGUGGCCCACCAGUGCGGCGGGGGCAGCCGGGCCAGCUCCAUGAAGGUCAAGGGGCACUGGGGCAGCGACAGCUCCAAGGCCAAGCGGCGGAGGCGCUGCCUGGAGCCCACCAAGGCCCCGCCGGACCCAGGGGGCCGGGAGGGCCUUCCCGCUGUGGACGGGACACCAGGCUCCACCGGUGAGGACCUGGAUCUGCUCUCGGUGGCGGAGAUGGUGGCGCUGGUGGAGCAGCGGGCUGCCCUGGCCCUGCAGAACUACCCGCGCCCCGGGACCCCGGCCCCCGUGGUCUUCGUGUCGGCCGAGCAGGGCGGCCCGGCCAAGGGGCUGGCGCCCGAUCAGCGGCGGGGCGCCGGGGGCGCAGGGGACUGCAGCCGUGUGGCCGAGGCGGUGGCCCACUUCGAAGCGCAGCGGGACAGCCCCCCGGCCAAGGGCCUCCGCAAAGAGGAGCGGCCCGGGCCGGGCCCCGGCGAGGUGCGCAUCGCCUUUCGCAUCUCCAACGGCCGCGAGCCGCGGGCCCAGGAUGGCGGCUUGCCCACCGCGUGCCGGCUCUACCGGCACGUGUCGCACGACUUCCUGGAGAUCCGCUUCAAGAUCCAGCGACUGCUGGAGCCGCGCCAGUACAUGCUGCUGCUGCCCGAGCACGUGCUGGUGAAGAUCUUCAGCUUCCUGCCCACGCGGGCCCUGGCGGCCCUCAAGUGCACCUGCCACCACUUCCAGGGCAUCAUCGAGGCGUUCGGCGUGCGGGCCACCGACUCGCGCUGGAGCCGCGACCCCCUCUACCGCGACGACCCCUGCAAGCAGUGCCGCAAGCGGUACGAGAAGGGGGACGUGUCGCUGUGCCGCUGGCACCCCAAGCCCUACCACCACGACCUGCCUUACGGACGUUCCUACUGGAUGUGCUGCCGCCGCGCCGACCGCGAGACGCCGGGCUGCCGCCUGGGCCUGCACGACAACAACUGGGUGCUGCCCUGCCACGGGCCGGGCGGGGGCCGGGCCGGCGGGCGAGAGGAGGGCAGGUGAGGGCGCACUGGGAACCCGCCGUGCCCUCCCUCCGCACCGCCUCCCCUGGGAACCCAGGGCCUGGGAGGAGGACAGCCCCGGCCCCCAGCCGCAGGGAGAGGGGGUUUCGGGGGGCCGACCCCAGCAAGUACAAGUACCCCUGUUGGUUUCUUACUCCUCAGACCCAGGGCAGUGGACCCUCAAAGAGAAUAGUUUUGUUGUUUCUGGUUUUUUUCCGGGGGGGGUGGGGGUGGGGGGCUGGUUUUAUUUCUUUAAUCAACAUCUCAACAAUUUCUCCAUUCUGUCCUAACACCCUCCCUGCCACUCUUACACCCCAGGGACCCACCAUCAGGGAGCAGAUGGCAGCUAAUUUUGGUACCACUUAAGGGUUCCCCCCCCCUCUCAUCCCAGCCUGCCUUCUCCAGAUUAUUGUCUUUGGGACUGUUUUUUGGUGGCCCAUGCCCCACCCCUAAAAAAAUAUCCCGAUGUGCCACCCUUGGGCACAGAGAGCGGGCAGGCCACAGGGCCCACGCAGCAUCCUUUGUAGCAGCCUGCCAUGCCAGACGUUUCCCCUUCACCUCAAGCUACUGGUCUCCACCCUCACCCUAGAGGACGCAGGGAAAGCACCCCCCCUUCACUAUUUAAGCUAUGGGCAACACCCCACCCCAUGACAAAAAACAAAACUGUGAAGCCCUGUGCCUUGCUUGUGACAGCGUGGGGGGCCCAGGGGGCAGGGAUUGUGGGUUUCAAGUUCUGGGUGGUCUUUUUUCCCCUCCUACUCUUGGGUACUUGUUCAGGUGUUGGGUGAGGGGGGGGUGUCUCUUGAGCCCCCAUCCCCCCAAGCCACAGGUGUUCAAAUCCAGUGGUCACAGGGAGUUUUGAUUUUCAGACCCUCUGGUCCAGGUAUUUUUGUUUGUUCUGUUUGGGGGUUUUAGUUCGUAUUUUUGGUUUUGUUGUGUUUCCCCACCCCCAUCAACAUGAUUCCGGAAGCUUCUAGCGUGUGGCAUUUGACCAAUUUUGAAUUGGUCCUUUCUAUAAAAUCAAUAUUUAUAAG